AUGCAAACAUCUCGAUUAGCAAAAAUGACAUCACGAAACGUUAAAAAUAUUUAUAAACCAAUGAUAACGAGAGUUCGGCCGUUACAGCCGAAAACAGACGAUCCAGUAUCAACUAACUCUACAGAGCUAACAACGUUUGAGCCAUUAUCAUCUUUGUCCACGGCAACAUUGAUUACAGAUUUGGCUGAUCCUUUCACAGUACCUACAAAAGCCACGUAUGUCAAUCCAUACAUUCCUCGCUUGUGUUCAUCGAUUCAAGGAAUGUCUCGAACAACAAGUGCCAAACAAACAUCCUCCCCUGUAUUGAAAUUAGACGUUGACAAGAAGUUAGCUAGUACAAGUACAGUGCCACCCCUACUUACAUACGAAACAGUCACAGUAAAAUUAACAAAUGAUCACGAAAUUUUAAGAACAGUUCCUGGCCAUUUGAUAGCACAACGACUGAUCACGAGCAAAGAUAAACAGUUUGUUGAAAUUGAUGAAAUCAUAUGUGAAUGUUGGGUAACCAUUUCUGGUUACUAUCCAUUGGAUUCGACGACUCAGCCUUAUCUUGACUAUAGUCUAAAUUUUAUUAAUGCUUUUACUUCACAAACCACAAGUGUAACCGGUAAAGUGAAUCAAGCACUUUUGUUCAAUUUAAGUAGUGCCUAUUUUAUAACCCAAAUCUUCGGCAUACAUAAUGGAAAUCCACCAUUUACAAUCGCGUUUUGGAUGAGUCUAACAAGUAUCACCAGUGGAACGAUAAUACAUGUAUCUCAACUAUUAACUGGUUCUACUGUAGUUUGUUUUGAUCUACUCGUUCUAACUUCGAGCGGAACUCUUGUUGCACAAACAUAUAACAGCAAUUACGGGGCAAAUAACAUGACGACAGUUCAGUCCUCGGUUUUGAAACUGAAUUCAUGGACACAUGUCACAUUUUCCUAUUCUCAACCAAAUGGUAUGAGAUUGUAUUUGAAUGGAGCAUUAAACGCCUAUACAACUGGUACUCUGUCAAUGAGUUCUUUCAAUGCUCCGCUUUUUCUAACUUUUGGUAACAGCAUGCCAGGGGGAGGUGUUCCAUCUGGUUGUUAUACUGGUACCAUUCCAGUAGUACCAGGUCAACUUCUGGGUUCUAUGGAUGAAUUGUAUGUCUACUGUCGAGAACUCAACCAGAACGAAAUAUGUACAUUAGCUAAUCCAUGA